AUGGAUGAAGAUCAAAGAUCCAAAGAAGCAAAAAAUAAUGAUAGCGGUACUACGGAGGAACUCGAAGUCUUGAGAAAAUCGGAAAAAGAUGUAUUUGAGCUCGAGAUGGUCAGUGUGACGAUGGAAAAUCGCAAGGAGCUUGAAAAGAAGUUGCUUUGGAAGAUUGAUCUGCGCCUAUUACCGCUCAUGAUGCUAAUCUAUGUACUGAAUUAUUUGGAUCGCAACAACAUUGCUACUGCGCGUCUUGGCACCCUUGAGGAGGAUCUGAAGCUGGAAGGCGACCAAUACAACACAAUUAUAAGUCUAUUUUUCGUUGGAUACAUAUUGACUCAGAUUCCUACCAAUAUGAUUCUCAAUAAAAUGAGACCCUCUAUUUUCCUGCCUUCUGUCAUGUGUGGAUGGGCAGUUGUCAGUACUUGUACAGGUGCUGUUCAAAACUACCAAGGGUUACUGGCCCUGCGUUUUGUUCUGGGCUUUGUCGAAGCACCAUUUUUUCCUGGAGCAUUGUUCCUCUUCUCAUCUUGGUAUACCAAGAAAGAACUAGCUGCCCGAAUAUCAAUCCUAUACGUUGCAGCCCAGAUAUCUGGAGCGUUUGGAGGCCUUCUCGGGAGCGCUAUUAUGUCUGGAAUGAAUGGGAAAGCAAGUCUUCCAGCUUGGAGAUGGCUAUUCAUAAUCGAAGGAGCAGCGACUAUCCCCGUUGCUAUGGUUUCGAUGUUCAUUCUACCUGACUAUCCAGCUACGACGAAAUUCCUGACAGACGAAGAGCGCGCGCUAGCCAUCGCUCGUCUUGCCGAAGAUGCCAACGAAUGCGACCACGAUGAGACUCAAAACAAGUGGGAAGGCCUUAAACUUGCAUUUACGGACCCGGUUCUCUACAUUAUCUGGUUGAUGCAGCUAGGACUGAAUACAUCCGCUGCAUUCACGAAUUUUUUCCCUACCAUUGUCAAGACAUUGGGCUAUAACACCACUUCUACCUUACUACUUUCCGCUCCUCCUUACAUUUUCGCCGCAUUUCUCAGUGUUCUCAAUUCGCUCCACAGUGAUCGUUUUAGUGAGCGUUGGUUACAUGUUGUUUGGCCACAGAUAUUCAGCAGCAUCGGUUUCAUUAUCAGUGCAGUGACUUUGAAUGUCGCGGCUCGAUAUAUCUCCACCUUCAUGAUGAUGUCAAUCUAUGGGUCUUUUGGAUGCAUUCUCUCUUGGGUCUCCGCCUCCUUGCCACGGCCUCGAUCUAAGCGCGCAGUUGCGUACGCGGUCGUCAAUGCCGGGUCCAAUUUCGCCUCCAUCUAUGCGAGUUACUUCUAUCCUGCCUCCCAGGGACCACAAUACUGGCAAGCCAAUGUUGCUAAUGUUGCUUUUUGUGGGCUAUGUAUCUUUAUGGCCACCCUCUUGCAUUUCAUCUUGCGCUGGCGUAAUAGGCGGCUUGAUCGAGCGACUGAUGCAGAUAUUGCAGCUGGUCGGGAUCCAAUCAUGGAGGGAUCGGAAUGUUAUCAGUUGGCGAUGGACUGGAACUGCCACCCAGGCUACCGUUAUACUACAUAG